CCAGUUUCUAUAAUCUCUGAUCUGGUCGGGGAUUUGGUCUAAAUUGUCGUUUUCUUUAUAUAAUAUUAGACGUUUGAUUUGGUCGAGAUGGCUGACAGUGAAGAAAAGGCCAUAAAGCUGAUUGCCGAAGCUGAGAAGAAAGUGAAAUCAUCAGAAGGAUUCUUCGGUGGUUUAUUUGGGAAGUCUCAGAAACUAGAAGAAGCGAGUGAAUUGUACACGAGAGCUGCAAAUAUGUUUAAAAUGGCUAAGAAAUGGAGUGCGGCUGGUGGUGCAUUUUGUGAAUCUGCUUCAAUUCAAAUGCGUCUUGGUAGCAAACAUGAAGCAGCAAGUAAUUUUGUUGAUGCUGGUACAUGUUAUAAGAAAUCAGACCCACAAGAGGCUGUGAACUGUUUACAUAGAGCGGUAGAAAUCUUCACAGACAUGGGCAGGUUUACUAUAGCAGCUAAACACCAUAUAUCUAUAGCAGAAAUUUAUGAAAGUGAAAUUAUGGAUAUAGAAAAAGCAAUAAGUAAUUAUGAACAGGCUGCUGAUUAUUACAGAGGUGAAGAAUCCAACAGUUCAGCUAACAAAUGUUUAUUGAAGGUAGCAAUGUAUGCAGCACAGUUAGAGCUAUACCCAAAAGCUAUAGAGAUCUACGAACAAGUCGCAACAUCAGCAAUGGAUAGCACGCUACUCAAAUACAGUGCAAAGGAUUAUUUCUUUAAAGCUGCUCUCUGCCAUAUGUGUGUUGAUUUGUUGAAUGCACAACACGCUAUACAAAAGUAUGAAGAAAUGUUCCCUGCUUUUGCUGAUAGUAGAGAACAUAAAUUAAUCAGGACUCUGAUAGCCGCAUCAGAAGAGCAGAAUGUAGAUGCAUAUACAGAUGCUGUGAAAGACUAUGACUCCAUAUCUCGUUUGGAUCAGUGGUUGACGACUAUUCUACUCAGAAUUAAGAAAGGUAUUAGUGGAGAUCCAGAUCUUCGGUAGAAAGAAAUCACCAAUAGUACACAACCAUUAAAAGAUAAAUUUAAAGACAAAAAAUAUAUUAAAGCAACGCUAUUAAAUUCCUGGAGAUACCAUUCUUUUGACAUGAAGACACUUGCUUAGUUCUGACAUAAUACUGUACCAUGAGAACAGCAUUUUUCACUAUUUUUCUGUUUCAACAGUAUAAACUUAUAUAAGUAAUGUUCUACACCUCCAUUUUUUCUUCUGAUGCUC